AGUGCGGUUUUCGUCGUCAACACUGCUGUAUUAUAUGGCCAGGCCGGGCUGGCUCUUUCACACUAGACGCAGUCCCUUUGUCUUUCAUCGAAUUCAGUUUCUGGCUUAGUUCGCGUUAGAUGCGCGCUGGAACCGCGCACACGGCCACAUGGGAGAUAGAGAGCCUCUUUGGUGCGGGAAUUGGAGUCAGCCGUUUGAGGGGAACGGCCUGACGAAGUUGGGGGUGUCGCAGACGGUUUUUGAGGACUCAAUCGUCCAGGUCAUAAGCAACCCGUUUUUGAAGUCGUUUUGCAUACGCAAGAGUGUGCAGCAUGGAAAGGACUGGGAGCUGUGGCAAAAGACAGAAGGGUACGACGAGAUGAGAAGCGGUCUUGUGGAGCUGCCAGACACCCCGAGUCGUCUUCUGCACGUUGCGUCCGCGAGGGAGGAGAUUGUUUUUAGGAGUUCGGCCGACGCCAGCAUUUGGACGAGGUGGCAGCAGAUAGUGGGAGCGAGGACUAGGUCGCCGGUGGCGUUGGUCGUUUGGGGUUCGAGGGUUUGGCUUUAUUUUUCGAACAUUUACAGAAAGCUUUGCUACUCGUCGACGAAGAACGGGGAGAUGUGGACGAAGGUCCAGGAGCUCAAGUUCGGCCCGUCUUUCCGCGACGAAGAGACGAAGGGCCUCGUGUUUACGUGCAUUGGAGUGAGGGACCACGUCGUGUUGGCGGCGAGCAGCGAGGGACGAGUGUGCGUGUACAAGAGCAGCGAUGGAGUUACGUUUUCGAGGUGUGCGAUGGGAGAGCCCAGAGAGACGAAUCAGCCGGUCGAGAUGGCAGAGUUUGCGGGCAUGUUGUUUCAGGCUCGAGUGGCGCUCAACGACUACCUUUACACUCGAUGCGCGAGCGUGUCAGAUCUGGACCACUGGGGGCCGUGGGCUCAGUCGACUCUGAAGGUGUCGUCCAUUUCCAUGUGCGAGUACGACGGCAGACUGUUUCAGGCGGCUCAGGGCGUGGACAACAACGUGUACAUGAGAUUUACGGCGGAUGGGAGACACUGGACCAUGUGGAACGUUUACGGCUACGAGGGGAGGAAAACGAAGAAUCAAGUGUCACUAAUUGUGUACCGAAACGCUUUGUACCAGACGCUCGUGUCGCUGGACAAUUUCGUGUUGACGAGGAAGGUAACGAACAGGAAGGAGCGAGGCGACGAAUGCCGAGUGGACGAUAGGGUGGUGGUGGCUGACCAGCAAGCGAGAGAAGACAGGUUCUCUGAAAUAGUACUCAAGGGCAAAAAAACGCACGUUCAACUGAGAAAUUGGCAUGGCAAGUCGAACAACUUAGCGCAAAAACUGCUAGAGAAAGCAACCUGGCUGGUUCAUCUCGACGUGAGCUUUAGCUACAUGGGGAACGAGACGUGUUCCGCACUGUGCAGGACUCUGUUGACCCACGCGAGCUUGUCGACGCUGAUGCUAAACGGAAACCAGAUAAUGGGAUCCGUGUCUGGCCUGACGAAACUCCUAUCAGAAAGCAAGACGCUGAAAGUGGUCAAUUUAGCCUCAAACCUGCUAGGAGACGAAGGCGUGAACGACGUCGCUCUCGCGGCGAAGGACAACGGCACAUUGGAGUACUUAGACCUGUCGGACAACGGCGCCCGAAGCAUCGGCGUUCGAGGAGUGGCUGAAAUGCUGUGCAGCGACUCCUCAAAUCUACUUCACUUCAAAUUCUCCCAGAACGCAAUCUCUAAUGACGGGUGUCAAACCCUGGCGGCAAGCCUAGAGAACAACCAAAAACUGGCGACUCUGGAGCUCUGCGACAGCGAAAUCUCUUCAGAAGGCGUUCAGGCAAUCGCCAAAAUGCUCGCGAACAACAGGUCGAUCCGCAAACUAACCUUUUCAAAGCAAUGUCUGAAACGCGCUGAAAGCGUGCACUCACUUGCAAGGGCACUAAAACACAACUCUACACUCACAGAAUUGGAUUUGAGCCGAAAUCGGCUCGACAGUCAGGGAGCAAUACUGAUCUUCGCCUCUCUGGUCGAAAACAAAGCGCUUGAAGUGCUCGACCUCAGCUACAACGAAAUCGAAGACGAAGGGUUUUUGCUCAUCCCCAAAGUGCUAAAAAAAAACAGAAAACUGAAAGAACUCGUCAUGCACCACAACGACUUCUAUCGGUUCGGCACCGUGACCUUGGCAGCCCACCUCUCUGUGUCCUGCGUUCAAAGGCUGGACCUGUCCUCCUGCAAACUAUCCGAGAGCGGGCUAGACGCACUCGCAGACGUCUUGAAUCAAAGCGAUAUCCGUUAUCUAGCUUUAAAUAACUGUCACAUGGAAACCGCACAAAUAGAUAAACUGUCACAAGUGCUACAAAAAAACAAAAAACUGGAACAUCUAUACUUGGAAGACAACAAUUUUAAACCAGAUGACAUGAAACACAUCGCGUCCCUGAUAAAAUCCAACCUACACGCACGCCACCUAUUCUUGUGGGGAAACCCCAUUUUGGACGCGCUCGUGAAACCCUUCGCCAAUGCCAUCCAAGUCAACACUCAUUUGCGCACCCUUCGCAUUCAUCUGUCUUGCCACGACAACAUCGAACCGCUUGUCGCGUGCCUUGCUGUCAAGCAAAAUUUGGUAAACAUUCAACUUCGAGGCACCCUGGCUCGACCCCACGUCAAAACACUCACCUCUCUCCUAAGUAACAGCUUUUAUCUCGAGUCGCUCACUCUGCACGAUAUGAAACUCGGCGACAGCAGCAUUGUCCAACUAGCCACCUCCUUGAAAAACAACAACAAGCUCAGUCAUCUCUCUCUUACGAAAAACAACAUCGAGCAACAAGGACUCGCUGCGCUUGCUCAGAUGCUACAACAAAACACAAAAUUGAAAAUUCUCGAUCUUUCUCAAAACAGGCUCGGGUACAAUUCAAUCGAACUCGUUUCAGAGGUCUCGCUUCGGCACCCAGACUUGAACUUCAUUGUCGACCCACCAUAUGCACCCAUGUUUCGUCUGGUUCAUGAUUCAUUAAAAAAAGAAUCCCCCAUUUGAUACACAACUAUCCACUAUCCACACGAAAUAGUAACGGUAUUUUUGCAAAUAUGUUCAAAAACAACUUUUCCGGACCUAUCGUUGGUAACAACUUUUUAGUACGCCAUUUCUGUACCGUCUCAACAUCGUUAAUACGCCCUGCAUUUCAGAUAUCCAAAUUUGACCUACUCCCCUAUAGACUAUUUUCUAUGCUCUAACAUCUGUACCAAAAAAAACGUUUUUUACGAUAACACAUUCGGCCAAUCAUUAAGCGGCCAUUCGAGACACACCCAAUCACCCCUACCUUGCGGUGAUAAGCGCUAAAAAAUAUUAUUCCGAGAAAAAAAAAGCCGUUAAUACUAAGUUUUGUGUCCUGUACUAGCAACCGGCCAGCUCUAUUUGUGGUAUCAGCACACUUUUAAAAAGUUAACAGUGCUAUUUGCUUUCUCUUUGCACCCCAUUUCUCGUCAUUUUUUGACUUCUGAAUAGGCUCAAUUUCUCAGAUAAAAGAGAAGUCUAUGCACCUGGGCUGACCAAAUAAAUUAUUUUCGCAAGGUUGAAAA